GGUCUAGGUAGUAGUCAUAGAUCACUUUCCACCAUCAACGUAAUCUGUCAAACAAACCUGUCAACAAUUUUAAACUCUGCUAGAAAAAUGGUAAAUUUCAAAUACUAGAAUUAAUUAUGGGAUUCGUCCCAGAGCAACGUCAUACCCUACAGCAAAAGCCAAAAUGGUAUCUAUUUUAAAAUGCCUUUUAAGAUGAGUAGCAAGAUAAAAGGAGUCAAAACUUCAUGCACAAAAGUAAAAAACCCCUGCAAGUUCUGUCUCCAACAAGUUACCAACAAGAAUGGGUUACAGUGUCAAGGAGCUUGCAAGAAAUGGGCCCACUUCAAUUGCCUCAACUACACACCGGGAAAAAUAUCCGACAUCAAAGCUGGCAUAAUUAAAGUGACGUGCCCAUGCCCUGAUUGCGAGACGACACAACCCAAGGAGUACUUAGUGAAACCACCUUACACAUGUUCGAAUCAAAACUGCCCAGCAAACAGAGGACCAAAGUGUGCCUCAGAAGAUUGCCCCUUAAAUCCCAAAAAGAAGCCAGAGAGCACAUGUGGUAACAAGACUUGCUCCAAGGAACCAGUCAGUUGUCCAGCUGUUGAGUGUCCACAAUCUGCUACUCAAGUGCAGAAACGGUCUCACCCUAGAUUACAACCUGCGCGCCCUCCUACGCCCCCUCGUAGCGGUUCGAAGAAAUCACCAUCUAACUCGCCAUGUCGCUCACCAAAGGUACCAAAGACAUGCGACUCCCCUCCUGCCGCUCCUCCUCCGAAACCGAAACCAAUUUGCGGUGAAAAGCCGAAAAAACCACCGUGCCCUGAAAAACCUAAAAAGAAGGAAAAAGCGCCUAAGAAGAAACCGGUCGCAUCUCCGUCUUGCUCAGUACUAUCAUCAACUUCAAAUACGAAUUGCCCUAAACCAAAAUAUUCUUCAUCGGACUCCAACUUGAAUCGUAAGAAUCAUGCUUUAAUGGUGCAAGCCGUACAAGAUAUGUGCAACACUGUCGGAAAACUUUCCAAUCAGUUAAAAGAACUUAUGUGUAAAAUGAUGCAAAACUGAUUUCGAUACAAGAGGCCCCAACGGUAGAAAGGGCCCCAAUGGUACAACAAGCCCAAUGGUACAACAAGCCCAAUGGAACAACAAGCCCAAUGGAAUAACAAUCCCAAUGGAACAACAUGCCCAAUGGAACAACAAGCCCAAUGGAACAACAAGCCCAAUGGAACAACAAGCCCAAUGGAACAACAAGCCCCGAUGGUAGAACAAGUGCUUGUGUUGGAACAGGCCCCAGUGGUAGAACGGGCCCCAAUGGUAGAACGGGCCCCAAUAGUACAAACCGUGCAAGGACGUGCAGCUUUCUAAUCAAUUUAUUGUGUAAAAUGCAUGACGCUGAAUGUAUAACAAGUUAAUAAGUAUCUCCAUGUCAUAUCAGAAUUAAGAUGUUGACUACUA